CUAGUCCUACUGCAAGGCGCAGCGACCGCAUCAGACAGCUAUGGAAAGCAUACUAUUAGCUUUAAGAGCGCAAUGACGAGUCUCGCUCGUCGGCGACACGACCGCUGGACUCGCAUCGGGUUUGCGAAGCGACUUUUCCCCUGCUACUUCUUCGAUGGUUCCAGUCUAAAUUUCCUUCGAGUAAUAUAAGUGCUUAUAUACUUCUGCAUCAGACCACACUGACGAAGCAGGAUAUAGGGAAAGAAUGCUGCUCUCGAGGCAAGCCCUUUCAUCGUCGCGCGUUGCCCCGGCUCGACGGACGUCUGCAAUUGUAAGGUCCAAGCAGCCAUGCGUCGUCGCGGCGCGCCAAGUGGCACGGCCUGCAGCGCCGCGCAACUCGGCACCCUCGCCGGGCCCGCUAGAUGAUGGCUCCAACUUGGUAGGUUGCACAUCAGCCAGGCCCCUGCUCUUGCUGCUAUAGCGACAGCAAGACAAUCUUGGAAACUCAUUAGAAAGGACCAAAGUGCGGAAGUGUCAGCCCUUGACGUGACUCCCGUGUCCAGUGGUCCGUGUCGGGAUGUCAGCCCUGAUGCUCGGAUGGAAGCUGGGGCGCAUACAUGUACUGCCAACGUUCCAAGAGCUUUUCCCAACCAAGUUCAUGGUGACCUGCAAGGACCGCACAGCGGAGUUGGAUCCGGAGACACAGCGCGUGGUGUGCUGCUGUGCCGAGUGUGAGGAGAAGCAGCCCGACUUCGCCCAACGCGUGCCCAUGACCUUCUCUGCAUGGGAGAAGCACUGCGGCUCCAAGAACAAGAAGUGGCACACGAGCCUGCAGAUCGUGCCCGGGUCGGGGCUGGAGGCGGUGCCGACUGGCGCCAGGCCGGUGUCCAUCUGUGCAUGGCUGGCGCGGAAGAAGCUCAAGGUGGGCGCGUGGGCCAGCGCCAUCACCGUGGGCAAGCUCUACCUGGAGCCGCUGGAGAAGACGCCAAAGACACCAAAGACACCAAAGCAGGAGUAAAACGCAGUUUGCGGGGGCAAAGGUGCCUGGCGGGAUUGCGGGACCAGUGUGCGGCAGCGCGUAAGGUGCGGCAGUUGGCGUUGAGGGCUUGACCUGCUGGUAGUUGAAACCACUGUGCGAAUGGAGAGCGUACAAAGCGCGUGGCGUGAUUCUAUGUUCGGACUGUUGGUUCCUGGUUUGUGCGUGCUGAGACCUUUAGCAGUGCAUGCUCGGAGCUGCAUCCUGGCUGGCUGGCCAUGACCGUGCAUGUGUGGCGUGCCACUACGUACUGGAGGGAUCGAUUGGAGCACGGCAACAUGCGUGCAGUGCCAGACAACGCACAAACCGCAGGUUCCCUAAUGUGGCGUGUUGGAUUUUAACAGGUUGGAACUGAUGACAAUCAUGUGGCCACAAUAUUCCACAGCAAACAGCGGGUUAACUUCCAGUGAGGCCCCAUGGCACUCUGGUGGCACGCUUCCUUUGCCCUCACUCACCCAACCCAAGGCAUUCGCCAUCUCGGUCGGCCCAGAAAGUGCCAUCGUCUUGCACGCGCACACCUGCACCCAGCCAGCCAUCUCACGUGUCACCAGCACCGGUACCCGCGCGCACGAUAUGCGACACACGUGCACACACUCGGCCGAUUCGUUCUACGGCUUUUGACUGAACCUGCAUUCUGCCAUGCAACGUCAACAGCUCCCAUACGGCCGUGAAACGGCUCGGGUGUGGGCGGGUUAGGCAGGGCCAGGGUUACGGACGGCAACAGGCGGGGCGCACGGCCAAAAGCUCAUGUGCGUAACCUACUGAGCGAAGUACGGCCAUGCAUAGACACGCACUUGGCUGUCUGCGGCCGCCAUGGAUGUCCAUUGGAUGCCAAUG